AUGCUUUCACACCUCCGCUUCCACCGACGCGCGCCGUCUACCCCCACUUCUCCAAUCCCAGAGAACGGUCUGUGGGAUUCGUCGGCGAUUCAACCGCCACAGUUGAUUCCCGAUGAAGGCGUGCCGUCUCCAGACAUCGAACCGAGAGUCUCGAUAGGCGUACCUCUCACCGGCCACGGGAAGCCACAGUCGCAACAACAGCAGCAGCAGCAACGGCAGUCUCAACUCGCUCCGACCUUACCUCCAAUUAGACGAGUCAGCUCAGCCGAUGACGAGUCCGCCAUCGAUCUGAAAGCGUCUGAGUCACGGCCACAGGCUAGGACACAUCACAAUGACGACUUGGGCUUCCUAGGGGGACUUGCCCUGCAGAACUAUCGCAACGGGCAAGAUGCUAUGAGGCCGGGCCCGACGGAUUACCAGGACGGCCAGUCGUACAAGCCAGAUUCCUCUGUGACGAGUCCUGCAAGUCGACCACCUAUGUGGCCCAACAAGUCCUUUGUUGCUCCGACCGAUCUCCGAGUUGGCUCAGCAGGAAAGCGACAGCCUGGCGCUGGUAUCCAUACGGAAUUGCAAGGAAUGCCUGUUCACAGCAUGGCACAGGAACCCUCCAGGGGCCGGAAGAGUCUUCCCUUCCUCAAGAAUCCCAUGUCAACUUUACUUAUGAGGAGGAAGACAAGUCAAAACGUCCCGGAUCUGUCGCUAGAGUUACGUAAGGAGCCUUCAUAUGAACCUAUUCGAGGCACACGUGUCCAUGACUUCAGUGCGCCGCGUCCAAGAAGAAUUGUGUCAAGCAUCGAAGUGAGCAACAAAGGAACAGGGAAGGCACUGGUGAAGACAUUCUCGUCGCCUGUUGCAGAAGUACCCGAACCUCCAGCGCCACCAGUGCCUCCCAAGGACGAACCCGCUCCCUUGGCACCAUCCAUACAGUCAUCCUUGUCCACUGCCGCCUCAGCAGAUUCGACAUCAUUCACGAAGCCCUUUGAUGAAACCUCACAGGCCGCUUCUGAUGGCCUGUCUGGUAAAAGCUCUAGACGCGACAAGGACGUCAAUCGGAGGAAGAGCUCGAUUCCGGCGUCAAUAUCCUCGUUGUCGAGAAAGAGUUCGACAAUGUCAGGCAGGGAUGCUUUCUCAUCUCUUCCCAAGCACAUGAAGAGCACUUCUUCCAGAUUCAGCUUUGAUAUGAUAGGAGCAGCCAAGGCGGAGAAGCUGCUUGAGGAAAGCUAUCGCCGAAAACAACAAGACAAGAGGCCAAAUUCCUUUGUCCAGCGGGACUCUCGCUUUGAUGACUUUGAUGAAGAUGCGUUCGACUACGAUGCGAUGGACUACGAUGAUGGCUUGGAGGAAAGAAUACCAGGAGUAAACGCUGACUACGACGACGAAGAAGAUUUUGAGACAGAACUGGAUCCCGAUAAUGACCAAGAGAACUUUGCGGGCUUCGUUUUCCAAAGAUCCGAGUCGAUGUCUGCUCAGCCCUCUUCUGCGGUGCAGCCUAUUCCACAAGACGCCGCCGGCGAUGUCAUCGGCCGUGCUACCACUGGUGAGGCAGCCGAUGCCCGCGGUCCCGAAAUCGAUUCCCUAGAUUUGCCGGGAUUAACCUCUCUAGCGAAAUCACCUACGUGGUCCCCAGCGCAAGAUAGUCCAACUGGUCUCGGGAUUCAAGGGCUUGAUGAGACCAUAGAGAACCCGAGCCAACUGUCGCCCACUAAUGGACAGGAAGAGACUGGUUCUGGCUUGCCGAAUAAGGGCGAUGAGAUCGCUCCCACCCUGCCAACUAAGGACGACGAGCUGUACUUUGGAAAUCACGAGUUCGAGGGCGAAGGAGACGGUACGGCCUUUGACGAGUCGUUAUUCGAUCUUGACGAUACGGAUCAGUACGGCAGACCGAUUCCUGGCAUGUUUGCCAAUGCCUUGGCGCAAAGGAUGGCUGCCCAGGAGCUGGAGAAACGCAACUCGGACGAUGUCACUUCAAGAUUGUCCGCUCAAUCCGGCUUUUCUCAGUCUACGGCCCGUACAUCACUGCUGAGUCUGGGGAAAACUCAGAAAGACUUGGCUUCGCCCAAGGAACCAGUACCGCCGGUCCCUGCAUUUCCUGCCCCCGAAGAGGAUAACAUGGCGGCUUAUCAGGCGGCUUUGGCCGCUGCCGCUCACAAAGCCGCCGCAACUGGCAAGUUUCGAAGAGACUCAGAUCUGCAGCCUCCAGCGGAUGUGACUAUCACAUCACCUACAACCAGUGGUUCCGAUAUGUCCCAGAACAAUAUCGACUCGGCCGAUGAUUAUGAGUUCGACGGUGGCUUUUCCACGGGACUGGAUGAUUAUGAAUUGGAUGACGACGCUAUCAUUGCCGAAGCCAAUGCCAGCGCCCUCGCCAAUGACUCAGACGGCUGGUACGGCCAAGAGUUUGGCUUCUAUUCGGCACCGGCGCCGCAACAUCAACCACAUCAUGGGCCGGAACCUCUCAGUGAGCAGAAUCUUUUCCAUUACUCAAACGGUGGCUACUUCGGCCCUAGCGGCGUCGCUCGAACCAAAUCUGGACAUCUCGUGUCUAGAGAGCCUAAUCUUACUCCUAUCACCGAGCGCUCUGAGUAUUCCAACCGCAACUCCAUCAUGAGUUUUACGUUGCCAAAUGGCGGCAACCGGGAUGCAUCGCUUCAGAGUCCAGGGCUAGCUCAACUCGCAAUGAUGGCUGAUGACGACAACAUGUCUCUGUCCGCCUUAAUACGACUGCGAUCCAAAGCCUGGGGUGGUUCUCAGGUGUCGCUUGCGAGCUCGCGCGAGGGUUCACCAAGUGAUAAAAAUGGAGCGGCUAGCCCACUCGCAUGUGGUCAGGAGUCUAGGGAAUUGCUCGGUGUCGCGGGGCCCCCCAAUCAUGGCCGGAAGAACUCGGCCUUCUCCUUAUGGAGCCAAGACUCUGGGGCCGGCAGCGGCUCUGGAAGUCCGACACUGACCAUGUCGACGGCGGCAAUCCCCAAUAAUGCCAUUCUUCCACCACUGAACGCGUCAUCGAGCUCAACUUCCAAUUCCGGAACAUCGCCGGUCCCCGCACCGCUCUUCUCGCCACCGCCACCUUCAGCUGCUUCCUUCCCACCUGUCAUUGAAGACGAGGAGUCGGAUACGGUAGAGAUGAGCACGAGUAUGUCCAAUUCGGACAUGUGGACCAAGUACUCAUCUUCGUCUGAUCCCAUGAGUCCCGUCGUCGGAGUACCCUCGCAAAAGCGACCGGGUAUGGGGCAUCGACACAAGGGCAGUGCAGACAGUGUCUCGUACACUAAAGAAGAGGACAGCGGGGAAACACGUUGGGUUAUGGAGCGUCGUCGUACGGCAGAAUCAGGCGAAAUUGAGAUCUUGGGUAGAGAGGUUUUAGAAGGAGGCAGGAUCUAG